AGGACCAGCCUUUUAUAACACCAGCCACAAUAUAAACUCACUGUCCCCCACUGCUCCAACACAACACCCUGACACACUUUUCAAGAUGAUGCUGUUGCUUCUGCUGGUGAUGCUGACAUCAUGUGCUGCCAUUCCUCGAGAUCUGUCAAAUAAAAUGUUCACCUUCCCACAAGAAACCAACACAGCUCAUGUGAGGCUGACUACAUCUAGACAAAAUCUCGGGGCUGUAACCGUCUGUCUCAGGUCCUUCACAGACCUUAAAAGAGCUCACUCUCUUUUCUCAUUGGCGACACCCUCUGCUAUCGAAAACUUCCUGAUAUUCAAGAGGGCUGCAAGUGAUGAGUUUGAGCUAUGGGCCAGGAACCGAUAUGUAAUCCUUUAUGGGGAGGACUACGAGCUGAACACGUGGCACUCUGUUUGUUCUACGUGGAACGCUGUUUCUGGAGUGAUGCAGCUUUGGUUAGAUGGAAAACCCUCAAGUCGGAAAUUCGUCAGUUCUGGAUCCAACAUCAACGGACCAAUGCUAAUUGUUUUAGGACAGGAGCAGGAUUCCUACGGUGGGGGUUUUGACAGUAAGCAGUCUUUUGCUGGCAUGAUGUCCGAUGUCCACAUGUGGGACUACGUCAUUUCCCCCGAUGAGAUCCUGAGAUAUUCAGACCACCUAUCCUUCACUCCUGGCAACGUGCUGAACUGGUGGUCACUGGACUUCCAGAUUGUAGGACGAGUGCUGAUAGAAGAUCAGCAAAAAACUCUUUAGUAAACUUUUGAUACCAAACUUUUCAUGUCUGGCAAGGUUAAAAUCAGCUUCAUGUCCAAUAUAAAGGUUAAAUCAAAAUUAAUCUGAAGAUGAAGGUUUUAAAAACCUGUAAUAGAAAUAGCCAAAUUAUCAACGUUGUUUUUGUUUCUUUGCUUAUAAGAUGUAACCAUGUGUUUUUUUUAAUAUAUUUUCCUAAUGAGUGUCUCUCUGACCUCAUUAUCAUGAAUUGUAUGUAUUAAUAAUGUGGGAAUUAAUAUUUCCCUUAUAUUAAUCGUAUGACAAUCAUCUCUCUAAACUUUGGGCGAAGAGUAAAAUAUGAAACCAGCUGAAAAUGAAGACAGAAAGCACUGAUGCUGAAUGUAAUUUUGCUAAAGACACUGCUUUCAUACUGUACAUUAAAACAGAUUUUUUUCUGA